GAUGCAGCUCGCCAGAUCGCGUGCUGCUCGUUAGGGGUGUCGCCUUAGAGAUCGGGACUGGCUAGGAUUGCGAAAGGAUCAACAUGCCUUUGGCUAGAGAUUUACUCCACCCGUCCUUGGAAGAGGAAAAGAAAAAACAUAAGAAGAAACGUCUAGUUCAAAGCCCAAAUUCUUAUUUUAUGGAUGUAAAAUGCCCAGGUUGCUACAAGAUUACCACGGUUUUCAGCCAUGCUCAGACGGUGGUUCUUUGUGUAGGCUGUUCAACAGUGUUGUGCCAGCCAACGGGAGGAAAGGCCAGACUCACAGAAGGGUGUUCAUUUAGAAGAAAGCAACACUAAUGAUCACACAACCUCUUGAAUUUGUGUUCUAUCGCAGAAAGCCUUAUCAGUUCAAUAAUUCCGGUUAAUCUACCAAGAUAAUGUAAUUAUGUUUAAUUUUGUAAGGUAUACAACAGUCAUCUCCUAUUUUGGUGUCAGUUUUUCAAUAAAGUUUUGAUUAUGGGCA